AUGCACUCUCUGCCAUUGCUGCUCCGGCAGUCCCUCCGAUCAACCGGAGCCCUCUCACGAUCCGCACAUCGUCCCAUUCGCGCUCCUCCCCUCCCCUCCCAUCUCCUGCGUCUUCCCACAGCCCACCCACGGCCCUUCUCCGUCUGUCUCCAAUGCCAGUUCCGCACGCAAUCGGCGUCCUACCCGCCCAACAAAGAAUCCGACAAGCCACUCGAUACAGAAACACCGUCUAAACACCCAGAUUCCACCGCUUCUUUCCUCGAAGAGAGCCUGAAGACGCAGGCCGAGGCGGGCACUCCUGCAGACAGCACCACCACGACCACAACGACGACAACGUCCCCUCCCCCGCAACCAACCCCCAAUGAACCCAAAACAGCCGACUCGUCGCUGCGCGACACUCUCCCGUCGUACCUGGACAACCGGCGAUCGCAGUUCUCCAAGCAAUUCACCACUAUGAUGGACAACCUGCAGUCGAACAUUUUCGUCGCCGGCCAGCGCCUGAACGAUCUGACGGGGUACUCGGAGAUCGAGGCGCUGAAGAAAGAGAUCCACACGCAAGAGGACCGCCUCCGCGCGGCCCGCCUGCACGUCCGCAACGCCAAAGAAGCCUACGCCUCCGCCAUCAACCGGCGCUCCGCCUCCCAGCGCGAAGUCAACGAGCUCCUGCAGCGCAAACACGCCUGGUCGCCCGUGGACCUGGAGCGCUUCACGCACCUCUACCGCAACGACCACACGAACGAGGUGGCCGAGAACGAGGCGCAGGAGGCGCUGACGGCGGCGGAGCGCGAGGCCGAGGAGGCCGCCGCGCAGCUGAGCAAGAGCAUCCUCUCGCGCUACCACGAGGAGCAGGUGUGGUCUGACAAGAUCCGCCGCAUGUCCACCUGGGGCACCUGGGGCCUGAUGGGGGUGAACGUGCUGCUGUUCCUGGUUUUCCAGAUCGCGGUGGAGCCGUGGCGGCGGAAGCGACUGGUUAAGGGGUUUGAGGAGAAGGUCAUCGAGGCGAUUGAGAAAGAGAGGGAGAUGAAUCAUGUGGAGAUUCUGAGUCCCACUGCUGCUGCUGCUACUGCUGGUGCGGUGGCGCCUGUGGAAGCUGCGGGUGAGGAUGCGGCGCCUGCACCGGUUGAGGAAGAGACUACCUCUGAUGGAGCUUCUGUGGUGGAGGAUACUACUGGAGGUGUGGUCGAGGAUCGGGCUGACCUCGCUCAUGAAUCGUACAAGGCGCAACUGCCGAGCUUGCCGUCUACCCUGUCGGUCGACUCCUGGCGCCAGUAUCUCCACGAUCUCUUCAGCGAGCGCAGCAUGAUCAUCACACAGCGGGAUCUCUCCUCUGUGGCUCUCCAGAGCGCGGCUGCCGGGGCGGCCGUGAUGGGCCUUGUGAUUGCGCUCAUUCGCCCGCGGUGA